AUGGCGGAUUCCUCCGAAUCUUUCCACGUCUUCACCAGCCCGACCAGACUGUCCCGCAGAGGAGACCUGACCUCUAGCCCUGGCCGAGACCUGCCGCCAUUUGAGGAUGAGUCUGAGGGCCUGCUGGGAGAUGUCACCCUGAACGAGGAGGAGGAAGAGGGGGAUGGAGAGGAGCUGAUUGGAGACGGGAUGGAGCGGGACUACCGUGCCAUCCCCGCCCUGGACGUGUACGAGGCAGAAGGUCUGGACCUGGAUGACGAAGAUCUGUCGGAGCUGUCCCCUGGAGCGCGCGCUGCAGCAGAGGAAGCCAUGAGGCGCAGGGACCGCGAGCAAGGCCUUAGCGGGAGGCUGCGGAGGGGACUUCUCUAUGACAGCGAGGAUGAAGAUGACGAGCGCCCCGCGGCUCGGCGAAGGCGAUUGGCUGAGAGGGCUGCAGAGGGCGUAACAGAGGGAGAGGAUGAGGAAAUGAUUGAGAGCAUCGAGAACCUGGAGGACAUGAAGGGGCACACAGUGAGAGAAUGGGUGUCUAUGGCAGCUCCCAGACUUGAAAUCUACAACCGGUUUAAGAACUUCCUUCGAACUCACGUCGACGAGAACGGACACAAUGUUUUCAAAGAAAAGAUCAGUGACAUGUGCAAGGAGAAUAAAGAGUCCCUUGUUGUGAACUAUGAAGACUUGGCAGCCCGAGAGCACGUGCUGGCCUACUUUUUGCCAGAAGCUCCCACUGAGAUGCUCAAGAUUUUUGACGAAGCUGCUAAAGAAGUUGUGUUGGCCAUGUAUCCCAAGUAUGACCGGAUCGCACACGAGAUCCACGUGCGCAUCUGUAAUCUUCCACUUGUGGAGGAAAUCCGCUCUCUCAGGCAGCUGCAUCUGAACCAGCUUAUCCGCACCAGUGGGGUGGUCAGCAGCUGCACCGGGGUCCUACCUCAGCUCGGGAUGGUCAAAUACAACUGUAACAAGUGUAACUUUGUCCUGGGGCCCUUCUUUCAGUCCCAGAACCAGGAAGUGAAGCCUGGCUCCUGUCCAGAGUGUCAGUCUCAAGGGCCCUUCGAGAUCAACAUGGAACAGACAGUGUACCAGAACUACCAGAGGAUCACCAUCCAGGAGAGUCCUGGGAAAGUGGCAGCUGGACGUCUGCCUCGUUCCAAAGACGCCAUCCUCCUGGCUGACCUGGUGGACAGCUGCAAACCUGGUGACGAGAUUGAGCUGACCGGCAUCUACCACAACAAUUAUGACGGCUCUUUGAACAUGGCCAACGGAUUCCCCGUUUUCGCGACAGUAAUCAUGGCCAAUCACAUCACACGCAGGGACAUGGGCGUAGCCGUUGCCGAGCUCACCGAUGAAGACGUCAAGGCCAUCGUGGUGCUGUCCAAAGAUGAGCGCAUUGGAGAGAGGAUCUUUGCCAGCAUGGGACCCUCCAUCUAUGGUCAUGAGGACAUCAAGAGGGCCCUGGCCUUGGCUCUGUUUGGGGGAGAACCUAAAAAUCCUGGUGGCAAACACAAAGUGCGUGGAGACAUUAAUGUACUUCUUUGCGGGGAUCCUGGAACAGCAAAGUCCCAGUUUCUCAAGUAUGUGGAGAAGGUUGCCAGCCGGGCCGUGUUCACCACUGGACAGGGGGCCUCCGCGGUGGGUCUCACGGCCUACGUGCAGAGGCACCCGGUCAGCCGCGAGUGGACCCUGGAGGCCGGGGCCCUGGUGCUGGCCGACAGAGGGGUGUGUCUAAUCGAUGAGUUUGACAAGAUGAACGAUGCAGACAGGACCAGUAUUCACGAGGCCAUGGAACAGCAGAGCAUCUCCAUCUCAAAGGCUGGAAUAGUCACCUCUCUGCAGGCCCGCUGUACGGUCAUUGCUGCGUCUAACCCUAUUGGUGGCAGGUAUGACCCGUCCCUGACCUUUGCAGAUAACGUGGAUCUGACUGAGCCAAUCGUGUCUCGAUUUGACGUCUUGUGUGUGGUCAGAGACACUGUGGACCCUGUGCAGGACGAGAUGCUGGCCCGCUUCGUGGUGGGCUCUCACAUAAAGCAUCACCCUGUAAACAAAGAGUCCUGCGUGGCUUUGGAGGAGGUGGUCCUACCCAACUUCUCUGACGUGCCUCCGAUCCCCCAGGAGCUGCUCCGCAAGUACAUAAUCUACGCCAAAGAGAGGGUCCAUCCUAAACUGAAUCAAAUGGACCAGGACAAAGUGGCUCGGAUCUAUAGUGACUUGAGAAAAGAAUCUAUGGCCACCGGCAGCAUCCCUAUCACAGUGCGUCACAUCGAGUCCAUGAUCCGAAUGGCCGAGGCUCACGCCAAGAUGCACCUGCGCGACUACGUGGUGGAGGACGACGUGAACAUGGCCAUCCGCGUCAUGCUGGAGAGCUUCAUUGACACGCAGAAGUUCAGCGUCAUGAGGAGCAUGCGCAAGACGUUUGCAAGGUACCUGGCUUUCCGCAGAGAUAACAACGAGCUUCUGUUGUUCAUCCUGAAGCAGCUGGUGGCAGAGCAGGCAGCCUAUCAGAGGAACCGCUAUGGUGUGCAGAACGAUGCCAUUGAGGUGCCAGAGAAGGACCUGCUGGAGAAGGCUCGUCAGAUCAGCAUCCACAACCUCUCGGCCUUUUACGACAGCGACCUGUUUCGAUCCAACAAAUUCAGCCAUGACCUGAAAAAGAAACUCAUCGUACAGCAGUUCUAG